UAAUUCUGAACUUUCGGAAUUUUGUGUUCAGCACUACAUAAUAUUUUUGUGUUUGUCGCAAGAGGACUUUAAUAUAAAAAGUCUUUAAAUUCAAAUAAGAAUUAUCAAAGCUCAACAAAAAAAAAACUUCCAUAAAAAACAGGUAGAUUUGGGUAAAAUUUCAAAGAAUAAAAAAAAUGGUGAGGGUUUGUGCUGUUGAGGGUUGCUCAUCAUCAGAUCUGACACAUUUGUCGCAUCGAUUUCCCAAGAAUCUGCUUCGAGCGAAGGAAUGGCAGGAUGCACUGGAGCUACAGGAUAAGGAUCUUGAGACAAUGCUGGAGAAGUACACGGUGUGUACAUUGCAUUUCGAAAAGAAGGACUACAGGAACAUUGAAUCGAGGCACCUCAAUAAAACAGCCCUCCCGAAGCUGGUGACGAGUUUCUGGAAACCUCCGAAGAGAGAGAAGAAAUCUGAAAUUACCCGGGAGGUUGUUGAUAACGAUAGGAAUUCCCCUCAUGUGAACAUCGUCAAUGCCAAAGAGCAGGCACGUCGAGGUGCCCAAAUCAUUGCCCAGAGCGCCACAAUAGUUGAGGAGAUGGAGGAAUUUGAUGAGGAUCCCACGAACAGACCCAUUGGUCUUGCUGAUAAACCCGAAGAGUACUACAUUGUUGUGGAAUCUGAAUCCGAAAACACGAAUGAUGAUCAAAUGCCGCAGAAGAGAAAGAACACCCACCAAUCUCGGCUAAAGACAAAGAAACCCUGCCCGGAGCCUGAAGCUGAGGAGGAGCCCCUAGAUGACGAAGAAGUUGUGCAGCAUGAAGAAGCCCAAUAUGGCUUUGUUGAUUCCAUUGAGAUGACUGAGGUUGUCUACAGGGAUAACACCGCACAAACAGAGGAAGAGGAUGAGAAGGAAGUCGAGGAAGAAAUAAUCAAUUCUGGAUAUUGGGAAAAUUCCAAAGUCGAUUUGAUACGAAUCCUACUUGAAAGGGAUCAAAAAUGCAAAGAAUUGGAAAAGAAAAUUGAAGAUUUCAGACAUGCCAAAGAGAAAAUGCUACAGAGCAUUGAAUUGAUGAAAAUGAUGUGAAGAAAUUUUGCAGAAAAAUUUAUAAAUCUCAAAUUAUUGCCAUGGAUAUGAAAUAUUAAGGAUCCAGUAAAAGUCCUUAGCUUUUACACUCUUUAUGCCUUCUGUUGAUUGCAGAAAUUUGAAAAAUGUAAUAUUAUGUAAAUAAAGUUAUCCUAAUCAUUAGACAA